UCUGCUGCUGCCGAGACACUGCUGUGUAACAACACACAGAGCACAGAGGACCGUCGGCAUCACCACAACACCGUCCACCGUUCGAAAAGUAGAUAACGGUACCCGUAAGGUAAAGUCUGCCAUAAGUUAGCGUGAAAGCGUAGUUUUGCCAACGGCAAGGACCCAUAUGUUAGCUAAAUGAAGUUUGACAGGCUAGCGUCAGGGUUAGCUAUCUUCAAGGAGCUAGCUCCAAUGCUGGCUACAAGUGCUGCCACUAGCAGCUCGGUUAUGUCAGCGGCAGCUUGUGGGAGCCGCUAGCCUUUUGAAGUUGAAUGACUGUGACCAUCUGGCAAAAGGCGUUAGCUAGCGUUACUUGUUUAGCCUGCGCUGUCAGCCGGUAUCUAGCUGGAUAACGUUAAAGGCUGUGAGUAUAUCUCCGCUGUCUGCUCACUCACUCUGUUUGGGAAACGACCUGACAGAAGCAAAUGGCUUUUACUAUUUAAUUAGCCAUUUAAGCUAGCAAUGCGUACUACAUUAUAUCAGAAUAACGUUAGCUUGCCACCGGCGUCGGAUUAUUGCACUCUGUGGUACAAGUGUGCCCUGCCCAGCAGCGUCACUCAUAGCAUUUCGCAUAAUGAGUGAUCAUUAUGCUAAAGUCAAGAUUCAACUCGAGCAAAUGAAAUCAUUAGGCGAGGAUGCCAAAAAGGAGGGUGUGGACACAGAGGAGCAGGUGCCAGUGUGUUCUCCCCCUGCUUCUGUCUCACCAGACCCUCCCAGCAUCACCAUAGCAGGCAGGGAUGCCUCUAACACCACCAUCACUUGUAAACAUAGGGGCAAGAGUCGAAGUAAGCUGGGAAAAGAUGACAAGAACUCUUGUGGCAAGCACACCACAGAUGUGCCAGUAGUGUCUGCUCAAAUUGGGAAAAAUUUAAAUAGACUAGGACAUGAGCGGAUACUUCACAUUAAAGGAACUGGAAAGAUAUUGCAGGGCAAGUCAGAGACUAAUGGGAAUUAUGUAACCAUCCAUCCAUCCAAAAACAUUCAAGAAACACGCCGUGAGGAUGGAUUCAAAGUUGCAAGGAAGAGAAGACCAGUGACGGUGGAUACCUCGAAAGCCAAAACCUCAUUGGAGGCACUGAAGAUAAGCAUCAAGCAGCUGAAGUGGAAAGAGUUUCCUCUGGGAAGACGAGCAGCGUGUGAUAUCUACUGGCAUGGCGUCUCCUUCCAUGAUAAUGAAAAUAUCAUCUCAGGGCAGGUGAACAAGUUCCCAGGAAUGAUUGAAAUGCUGAGGAAGAUCAACCUGAGUCGGGCAGUGCGGACUAUGCAGGAGUUGUUUCCAGAAGAGUAUGACUUCUAUCCCCGUUCCUGGAUCCUGCCUGAGGAGUGCCAGCAGUUUUCCACACAGAUUCGCAUGGUGAAGGAGAACGAUGCCACAGUGAAUCCCACCUUCAUUGUCAAGCCAGAUGGAGGCUCUCAGGGGGACGGCAUCUACCUCAUUCGUGACCCUAGUGACCUAAAGCUCAUGGUGGGGUCACAGGCCAAACAGGCUGUUGUCCAGGAGUACAUCCAAAAGCCGUUACUCAUCGACAAGCUAAAGUUUGAUAUCCGCCUCUACGUGCUGCUGAAGUCCCUGGAGCCAUUGGAGAUCUACAUUGCCAAGGAAGGCCUGACACGUUUUUGCACAGAGCCCUACCAGGAACCAAGCCAGAAGAACCUGAGCCAUGUGUUCAUGCACCUGACAAACUACUCCCUCAACGUCCACAGCGGAAACUUUGUCCACUCAGACAGCCAGAGCACGGGCAGCAAGCGCACUCUGUCCAGCGUGCUGUACAGGCUCGCAGCUAAAGGUGUAGACAUUAAGAAGGUGUGGUCAGACAUCAUCGCUCUAGUCAUCAAGACUUCCAUCGCCGUGGUGCCUGAACUUAGAGUCUACUACCAGGCUGAUAUACCACCCGGAAAACCAGGACCCACUUGCUUCCAGAUAUUAGGUUUUGACAUCCUACUGAUGAAGAACCUGAAGCCAGUAUUACUAGAGGUCAACUCCAACCCCAGUAUGAGAAUAGAACAUGAACAGGAGGUGGCACCAGGAGUUUUUGAAUACGUUCCUAGUCCGGUCGAUGAAGAGGUCAAAGUGGGUGUGAUCAGGGACACUCUACGCCUUAUGGACCCUAGCCACAGGAAGCCUUCAAUUUCCCAGCAGAGGGCUGGUGGGCUUGAACACGGGGAGGAGAUCCCCAUGGAGGCGGAGAUACAAGAGAGAGGCCCGGAUGAAGGAGCUCUGCCCUCGCUGUGUCUGAAGCAGGUCUACCCCAAGUACACCAAACAGUUCAACUACCUGCGGCUGGUGGAGAGAAUCGCAGCUCUGUUCAUACGCUUCCUCGGGGUCAAGGGUAACAUGCGUCUGGGCCCCACUGCCUUCCGAACCUUCAUCAGGACCUGUAAGCUGAGCAACAGUAACUUCUCCAUGGCUUCAGUAGACAUCCUCUACAUAGACAUUACACGUCGCUGGGCAGGAACGAUGCCUGACUCUAGAGAAGCAGGUAUGGGAGUACAAGCCUUUGUGGAAGCCUUUUUCUACCUGGCAGGUCGCAGGUUCAAAUCCCUGACGCUGAGGGAGCAGGUAGUGUCACUGCUGGAGCUGUGCGAGGCUCAGCUCGAGUCCCAGACGGGCGUGGAAGAGAGACGCUCGGUGAGCUGCAGCAGGGCAAUGCCGCGAGCCAUCAAGACUCAGACGCUGGGCCUCACCAACCCGCAGUUCAACUCUCCAGCUCCCCUGCGAAGGGCGUCCAGCCAGGACCACCGGCUGCAUCAAAGACUCAAGCCUCGCACACUCAGGGCCAACGUGGAGAACUGACGACAGAGGGCUCCAACUAGGCAUCCAACUCCCAAACACUGCCUUUAGCCUUCUCCACAGGAGCAGGGGAAUUAGGUGUCAGUCUCUUUUCUGCAGCUCCUGUAAGAGGAGGGGUUUGAUCGGAGCUGAGAGAAGGACUUGCUUGACCCCUGCUGGCUAACUUGCAGGAGGACUGUUCUCAGCCUGAUUGCUUUUUCUUCAGAGGAGGAAGAUAUCCGCAGGGGGGUUUUGGGGAAGAAAUAGAACACGGGAUGGAAGGAGGUCGGUGCAUUUCCUCCUCCCCUCCUAGUGUGGUCAUAUAUGAACAGUAUGGUCCCAUCAAGGGCGGAUAUGGCUGCUUUUAAAAUAUAUAUAUAUUGAUUCUACAGGGCAGCUACUUGCUUCCCUUCACCUUUCUCUGGCAACGCCUACACUAAAACAAACUUUCUUUUCAGGGAUAACAUUAGACGCUCCAGCUUCACAUUCAAUGCAGUUACACAUAAUUAAGUGGAUGUAAGGGAGUGUCCUUGGUGUGUAUUAUAUUCUUGAAUUUGCACAACAACUCUUUGAACUAUUACAUUUGCACAGAAAUGGAUGUGAGGGUGACUGAGCAUUUGUGUAGACAUAUUGUGUAUGUUUGAGUGCGUGUGUAUGUGUGUGUGUACUGUACUGUAUUUAUUUGUGUUUAGCUCAAUGGUGAAAGCCUAUUUACAGCCAGUGGCUCAGCUGUGCGUCCUAGCUCCGUGAGCCCAUUAGUGAUGAGUUAAGUGAAUAAGUGUUCAAAGGGAAAAGGCCACGCCGCCACUUAUCCUCUUUCAGUUCAGCAGCUAUUCCAGUCAGGCAGCCUUCAGACCUCCAGCGAACACGGUUUUUAGGAUGAUUACUUUGUAGCCACACAACUGCCAUUGGGAAUAAAUUAUUUCACAAGUAAUUGCAUGGCACAAAAUUUCACGUUUUAGUCAGAUGCAUUGUUUCUUAAAUACGAUUAAGAUAAAUUUUAUAUUAAAAUCUCAUCCAGCGUGUGAUGUGGCUACACACAAAAUGACUGCCAUUGGUGGAUGCCAACCAAAUAGAUCGUAGAUGGUUGCUGUUAUUUCAGAUUAUUCACACUACAGUUACUCACUCAGCAUUAAUAUUUGAAUUGUAUGUUUGCAUCUUUUACACCAAAAAUAUUGAAGGAAUUUGUCACAUGCAGGCUAAGGAUGAAGUGUGAUAUGUUGCACGAAAGAGCAGUCGAACUCAUUACUUACACAGCUGGGACGUGGGCAGCUGUUUCACACAGACAGUGAACUCAACAUUAUACACUACAUACUGUAGGAAUCACAAUUACUGCAGUAUGUGUUUAACAUGAAGUAGAUUUAUGAGGUUAUUAACAGUGAUUGAUCAUAAGAUUGAAAUGUAUUAAAUGCACUGCAAAAAUAAAGUAAUUUUACUCUUGGAA